AAGGUGCCACAGGACCCUCUGUUGCUUUUUACAGAUUCAGACUAACACGGCUACCCCUCUGAUACUCUGAAUUACCUAAUUUAGGCAGCUAAAACGGUCUUAGUGUUUAGUGUUGACUUAAGAUAGGCUUGCUUUGCAUAUUGUUGGACUGUAAGUUGGCUGGCGCGGUGCCAAAGCUCUUCUUUUGCUGACUAGCCUGGGAAAUCACAGGUUUUCAGGCUUUCGUAUAAACCACAAGGACUGAACGCUCCUUAAGAAUGACUCUGUACCAAGUGUUUAAUUUGAACCCUGUCUUUUCAACUGACAUAGUUUCACUAACGUGUUUCACUUAGCAGUGAUAUUUGGGGAAGUAAAUCUGCUGGUGGAUAAAGUGAGUAAAUACUGUGUUCCCCUCACCCACCCUCCUCUAAUCCCAUUCUGGAUCGCCUCCAGUUGGCCGAUAUUUCUGGGCUGAAGCUUCUGUGUUGGCAGUGGGGGUACCAAACUGAUCCUCCUCUGUAUCUGAAAACACAAGUCUUCAGGACAGAGCCAGAGGAUAUGAUCCUGGAACCCCUUAUGUGUUAAGCCUGCAGAAGCACAAGGUCCCACUCCCAGAAGGUGCUACCAUGUCUGUUUGUUUUUUCCUGUGUUUGUCUUAGGAUGAACCUGGCAGUGUUUGCUCAGCUGCCUUCCACCUGACUGCUGACUAUUUGCAGAAGGAUUUUCAUGGAGUUUGUAUUUCACAAUGGAGGCUUUUGUUUAAACUCUCCCGAUUUUUGGAAAUGCAAAGUGGCAGAGGAAAGAUUGGGGAUGCGGGGCAAGGCAAGGACAAGAAGGUAGAUUUGAUGAUAUCCGAGAUUUGGUCACCUUUCCAGGACUAUGUAACUGCUGCUUCCAGAGGUAGAGAGAAUGUUAUUCCUAUCCCUUCCCUCCAAAGCUUGUUCGUGAUAUUCCAUGCAUCACCUGAAAUCACAGGUUCGUGGCUGUUGAGGUUUCCUUAGCUGCACCUGCAUCUGCUGUUGGGAAAGGGAUUCAGAGGCUGGAAACAGUUCUGUCUUCAUUGGCUCUUUCCAAGGAAUUGAUGAGAAGUGCAGUGGCUUGAAUUUUCACCCAGAUAGGACUUUGUCAGGAAUGCUGGGAGAAGGUUUAAUUUUUGGUCUGGAUGGAAAUCUGAUGAAGAGCUGGAUUUUUCUUCCAACCAGGAAUGGAUCAGGGAGGGAAUGAAGGGGCUGCAUUUUCCUGUGACCGGGAUGGGGGAGGAAACAGAAGAGACUUUAUUCCGGAUGCAUUCUCCUUGGGGUUGUGAAGCACUCUGUGCUAUUCCUGAGUGCUACAGAGAGUUAAUAACACAGCGGACAGUGAGGUUUAGGAAUCCAGCCUGUUGCUGUUUUAUGGACUUGAUAGUUCAAUUGCUCCUUUUGUGUGGAGGGAGCGGCGGAAGAUAGUGCAUGUCCUCAGGACUAGAACACACACAAAGCUCUUUAUUCCAGGGAGCAGCUGAGCUUCUGGCAGCGAUAGUAUCACAUCUUCUGCACCAAGGAUCGGUCUAGUGUUGUUUCCCCCAUUUGAUUCUGUCUUCUGACCUUCAUUUCACCUUUCCAGAAUGAUUUGCCCAGAGUGACUCCAAAAGGCUUUCCUGAAUCCAUUUCCUCCACCCCCACUGGAGCAGGGAACACAUGCAGUCAAGAGCUCCUAUUUGCUGGUUGCAUUACACUGUUUUACAGUACACUGUUCAGUAAACACUGCUCUCCCCUGGAAGGGCCUCAGCAUUCUGGACUUUGCACACUGGAAGUCUUAGUGUGCCAGACAUCUUACGGAGGUGAUCAGGUGACUUGGUGAGAUGAGCAUCGUGCCUGCUGAGCCUCCUCAGACCCGCUAGCCAUGCCAGGGAUUGUGGUGUUCCGCCGUCGCUGGUCUGUGGGCAGCGAUGACCUCGUUUUGCCAGCCAUCUUCCUCUUCCUCCUUCACACUACCUGGUUUGUGAUCCUUUCCGUGGUGCUCUUCGGGCUGGCGUACAAUCCCAACGAGACCUGUUCUCUUAACCUGGUGGACCACGGCAGAGGCUACCUGGGCAUCCUGCUCAGCUGCAUGAUCGCAGAGGUGGCAAUCAUCUGGCUCAGCAUGCGUGGCAGCAUCCUGUACACAGAGCCCCGGGACUCGAUGCAGUAUGUGCUCUAUGUCAGACUGGCCAUCCUGGUGAUCGAGUUUGUGUAUGCUAUUGUGGGCAUCGUUUGGUUAACACAGUACUACUCCUCCUGCAAUGACCUCACUGCCAAGAGUGUCACCUUGGGAAUGGUCGUCUGCAACUGGGUCGUCAUUCUGAGUGUCUGCAUCACUGUCCUGUGUGUCUUUGACCCGACGGGACGGACCUUUGUCAAACUGCGAGCCACAAAGAGGAGACAGCGUAACCUGAGGACGUACAACCUGCGGCAUCGCCUUGAGGAGGGACAGGCCAGCAGCUGGACUCGCCGGCUCAAAGUUUUUCUUUGCUGCACACGGACAAAGGACUCCCAGUCAGAUGCAUACUCUGAAAUUGCCUACCUUUUUGCUGAGUUUUUCCGAGACCUUGACAUAGUCCCGUCUGACAUCAUCGCGGGCCUGGUCCUCCUGCGUCAGCGGCAGAGGGCAAAGCGCAAUGCAGUGCUGGAUGAGGCAAACAAUGACAUCUUGGCCUUUCUGUCUGGGAUGCCAGUGACCAGGAACACCAAGUACCUGGAUCUGAAAAACUCGCAAGAGAUGCUGCGGUACAAAGAGGUCUGUUAUUAUAUGCUGUUUGCCCUGGCUGCCUAUGGCUGGCCCAUGUACCUGAUGAGGAAGCCCACCUGUGGACUCUGUCGCCUGGCCAGAUCCUGCUCAUGUUGCUGUCUCUGCCCCUCACGGCCUCGCUAUGCCCCUAGUGUCACCAUUGAGGAGGAUAACUGCUGCGGUUGCAACGCCAUUGCUAUCCGUCGCCACUUCCUAGAUGAGAAUAUGACUUCAGUGGACAUUGUCUACACCUCCUGUCAUGAUGCGGUCUAUGAAACUCCUUUCUAUGUGGCUGUGGACCAUGAGAAGAAGAAGGUGGUCAUCAGCAUCCGAGGAACCCUGUCUCCAAAGGAUGCCCUGACUGACCUGACGGGGGAUGCAGAGCGCCUCCCAGUUGAAGGUCACCAUGGAACCUGGCUGGGACACAAGGGAAUGGUGUUGUCUGCUGAGUACAUCAAGAAGAAAUUGGAGCAGGAGAUGGUGCUUUCUCAAGCCUUCGGACGUGACUUGGGCAGAGGAACAAAACACUAUGGGCUGAUUGUGGUGGGCCAUUCCCUAGGGGCAGGCACAGCUGCCAUUCUGUCCUUCCUGCUGCGUCCGCAGUACCCAUCGCUGAAGUGCUAUGCAUAUUCUCCCCCAGGGGGGCUGCUGAGUGAGGAUGCCAUGGAGUACUCAAAAGAGUUUGUGACUGCUGUCGUGCUUGGCAAAGAUCUAGUCCCCAGGAUUGGUCUCUCACAGCUAGAGGGAUUUCGCCGGCAGCUUCUUGAUGUUCUCCAGAGAAGUAACAAACCAAAGUGGCGAAUCAUCGUGGGAGCCACAAAGUGUAUACCCAAGUCAGAGCUCCCAGAAGAGACGGAAGGGAAUUCAGUGACCAGUAACCGUCUCUGGACUCACCCCAGUGACCUAACUAUUGCCCUGUCCGCCAGUACGCCACUCUAUCCACCUGGCCGCAUCAUCCAUGUGGUGCACAAUCACCCUGCCGAGCAGUGCUGUUGCUGCGAACAGGAGGAUCCCACUUACUUUGCAAUUUGGGGCGAUAAUAAAGCGUUUAAUGAAGUCAUCAUCUCCCCAGCAAUGCUGCAUGAACACCUCCCUUAUGUGGUCAUGGAGGGGCUCAACAAGGUCCUGGAGAAUUACAACAAGGGCAAAACUGCCUUGCUUUCUGCAGCCAAAGUGAUGGUGAGUCCAACAGAAGUGGAUCUCAACCCGGAAUUGAUCUUCCAGAAUCAGCCCCUGCCCAGCGGACCCUCAUUACAGAUCGGGAUUGGAGCCAUAACAGUGGAUAGAAGGAACAGCAGCGUCAAGAGCAAGUCCCAUUCUGAAAUCAGUUUGGAGGGAUUUUAUGAGACCAAGCUCCUUUCUCUUGUGCAGAAGGACCCUGUGGAGCUACUGCUUCUGGAUACCAAGGAGCGCUUGUCUGUGGAGCUGCAGGACCGUCGCGCUCCUCUCGCUACCAUGGAGAGUCUGUCUGACAAUGAGUCCAUCUACAGCUUUGAGUCGAGGCGCUCCUCUGGCUUCCGGAGCAUCCGCGGUUCACCCAGCCUCCACGUCGUCAUGGAGAAGGAUGAGACUCACUGCUUUUAUAUAGACCCCGUUAUCCCUGAGGAGAACCCCUCCCUCAGCUCACGGACAGAGCUGCUUGCUGCCGACAGCCUCUCCAAACACUCCCAGGAGACCCAGCCCCCGGAGGCCUUGCACAACAGUGGUGGCACUACUCCCCAGCGACGCAGCAGUGAGGAAGGAGCUGGUAGCGAAGGGGACCAUGUUUCCUUCACCCCUCGGGAGGAACUGACCCUCCAGAAUGGACGGCUCACUGAUGUGCCCAGUCCACAAGUGCUGGAGUUUGCUGAAUUUAUAGACAGCCUCUUUAACCUGGACAGCAAAAGCAGCUCCUUCCAGGACCUCUAUUGCAUGAUGGUAUCUGACAGCUCCAGUGACUUUGCUGAGAUGCCCAAGUCAGUCAGUGAUCAGGAGAUCCUGCUGAGAGCGCAGUAUGAGCCCAACCUAGUCCCCAAGCCCCCUAGGUUGUUUGCUGGCUCAGCAGAUCCCUCUUCUGGCAUCUCAGUCUCACCCUCCUUCCCUCUGAGUUCGUCUGGGGAGCUUAUGGACAUUACUCCCACAGGCAUGAGCAGCCAGGAAUGCCUGGUCACUGACAAAAUCCGGACUUCCACUCCAGCUGGUCAUGUGACCAGCCCUGCCAAGCAGGAGGACCUCAUGAUCUCAGCCCUCUAGUGCAGGAGUGGAGGGGUGAGGCUCCAAGAGCCAAUCCCAUGAGCUGAAUGCUGGGAUAACACUUGGAGGAGCUGGGCAUUGGGCAGUUCGGAAGUGGGGGAGAUGCCUGAGAAUGUUCCUUCUGGUGUGCCAUGCUGGUGGCAUAGUGACGUCAGGGGGAUGGAUUCUGUAUGCUGGGUUGUAUGCUUAAGUUUGGGAGAAGAUGUACUGCCUCUCAAAGCCUGCUACACUAAGAGGGGUCUCAUCAAUGGAGUUAGAUGUUUGGUUUCCCUACCUCAGCCUACUGGAUUAAAUCAGGGGGCAGAUUUCCUGCCUCAGAGCAUCUGCUGAGGCACAGGGCUCAGAUUUCCUGCUUGAGGGAGUCUGCUGGAGUCAGGGGGUGGAUUCCCUGAGGUUAGAGGACUGGAUUAACAAAAGUAAGGCUCGGAUCCACCUCCCUGUUGUCAUUUAAGUGGUGUCAAUAGCGAGCAGAUUGCGACUUUGGGCCCAAUUGCACUAACACGUCAUGUCUGACCCAAGCACCAAUUCGUCACCCUUUCAUGGUGUGUGUUUUUAUAAGACACUCUCUCCUGUUUUAAAGCCAUUGGAGCUGUAUUCCCGGGGAAUGCAGCCACCCUCUCCCUGACCAGGCGCAGCGAGAAUCAGGCUGGCACUGUGUGUUUUCACUCCCCCGAUUACCUCUGAGUUCAUUGACAACCAGGCUUCUUCUGAGAAGAAAGGAAAUCCAUGUACUAGAGAGCCGAAGGCCACUGCUGCAUCCGUCCUCCACAAGAGGGGUGGAGAAGGUCUCUUGGGCCUCACCUUCAUCACUUCACAGCUCCCUGGACCACUCAGAACUGGAGAUGUUCCCACCACAGACUGACAGGAUUUUCAUCUCAAUACCGCAUGGAUGGAUUGGUUUAAACUAGCUUUUGGUAUUUAAAAGGCUUGCCAGUGCCCAGCAUUAUCUGCCAGGUCCCUGUGGAGCCUGGGAGCCUCCUUGGGCCUGUUCCUGGUCGUCAGUCCACCUUCCCCACAGACCAACGCUGGUCUCUGCCAUCGGAGUUCAGGGAAAAGAUGAACCUUUACCAGGUGUUGAAAUCUCAUGUAUGUUUACAGAGCUGCUAAGCUUUUCAGAAAGGUAUUCAUUACGCAAAUUGGAAAGCCUUCCUGGAGCAAGAAGAAUGUUCUCUCUCCCCUUCCCUUGCCGUUCCCUCAGUUUGGGGGCUAAGGGGAGAGUGGAGGGGGCAGGAGGUGCUGUUACUGCAAAUCCUUGUUUCAAAGUGGAGGCCCUUUGAUCCAAGCCCAAGGGGAAGCUGCAUGCCUCCCCCCCACUAGGGGUUCAUCCCCUUCACCCCGCUGCACGACAGCUCGUUAAAAAGCCCCAAUAUAUUGUCAACAAAAUUGUGACUGAGCAACCACUCCUGUUGCUCUCAAUUCCAGUGCCCAGGGUAGCCUGCUGGCUCUACUGAAUGAAUGGAAGGGAUUUUCCGAUGAUGGAAGCAGGAGGGAGACUAACUGCCUAGGCAGUUAAACAUACUGUGACCUACAAGAGUCCUCUAACUGGAAAAAGACUUCAUAUCAGAACUCAGCAGAAUCAAUCCGUGUCUCUGCAGCUCUGCCCUCCUUCACCGGAAAAGAAUCCUGUUUGAGUCAGCAGUAAAAUGCCCCAUCUUACCGGAGCCCUUGGCUGUGCAAUUCCCAGUACAGUGAGAAUUCCAUGCUUCUGAUAGGUUAGCCCCAUUACACAACAGGAAUCGAUGGGUCCAAUCCACCAACACGGUACAUCUUUGUUGUUGGUUGGUUGUGGUAGGUGCUGUACAAAUGCCAAACAAAAAAAGUAGUGUAAAAUGGCACCAAAUAAGAACAGGAACGUUUUUACCCCCACUCAGCAUGGCAAUGUUGAAUUGGCUCCUAUGUGUCCAAUGUGACAAUAUCAUGUAGGGUAGAUUCCCCAGUCCCCACCAUGAAGUGCUUAGUCAUUGGGAGUGCAGACGUUUCCAUUUAUAAAUACUAAAACAAAAUCUUUUAACUGUCCCAGUAGUUUAGAUUCCAAAUGUGACAUUUCUUAAGACUCCGGCAAUCAGAGGGAAAAAUGUCCUCCAGAUUCUAAAUAUCUUUU